AUAAACGUAUAAUUAAAUUUACGCGGUGGCGGUUAUCUAAAACAGGGUUCUGGGUCCUCCUCUCAUGAGUUAUGCAUGCCUCUUUUCUAUGAAGUUCUUUCAGGUGUUAUACUGAAGAAGGAAGACGAGCAAGAAAGAAGAAACAAGAGUGCCACAGUUACAAAUCCUAUAAACAAUAAAAGGCAACACAAGCUACUUUGUCUUUUUUAUCCGCAAGCAGCACUGGUGCUUAAUGCUUCUCGUCGAUUUCGUUACACCUUGGACUUGAAAAAACAAGAAGAGAAGACACAAAUAUUGAGAAAGAUUAGAGCUCAUGCACAAGCCAUUAGGGCAGCAUAUCUUUUCAAAGCAGCCGGGGAUGGUCAAGUGAUUGAAACCACAAAGCCUCCUGCGGCCUCUGCUGGUGAAUUUCCAAUUGGACAAGAGCAACUUGCUUCAGUUUCAAGGGAGCAUGAUACCGUUGCUCUUCAGCAAUAUGGAGGGGUUGCUGGGAUAUCAAAUUUGUUGAAAACCAAUUUAGAGAAGGGGAUUCAUGGUGAUGAUGCUGACUUACUAAAACGAAGGAAUGCAUUUGGUUCCAAUGAUUAUCCUCGAAAGAAAGGAAGAAGUUUCUGGAUGUUUAUGUGGGAUGCUUGCAAGGAUCUGACUUUGAUUAUUUUAAUGGUAGCUGCAGCGGCUUCAUUGGCAUUGGGGAUAAAAUCUGAGGGUAUUGAGGAAGGAUGGUAUGAUGGGGGAAGCAUUGCUUUUGCAGUUAUUCUUGUCAUUGUUGUCACCGCUAUAAGUGACUAUAAGCAGUCUCUUCAGUUUCGGAACCUGAAUGAAGAGAAGAGAAAUAUCCAUUUGGAGGUUAUCAGAGGUGGUAGAAGGAUUGAAAUCUCUAUAUAUGAGAUUGUUGUUGGUGAUGUUAUACCCCUCAAUAUUGGUAACCAGGUCCCUGCUGAUGGAAUUUUGAUCACUGGUCACUCUCUGGCAAUUGAUGAAUCAAGUAUGACUGGGGAGAGCAAAAUUGUCCAUAAAGAUUCUAAGGACCCUUUUUUGAUGUCUGGGUGUAAAGUUGCAGAUGGCAGUGGUACUAUGCUGGUAACUGGUGUUGGUGUUAAUACUGAAUGGGGGCUUCUAAUGGCCAGCAUUUCAGAAGACACUGGUGAAGAAACACCUUUGCAGGUUCGCUUAAAUGGUGUAGCCACCUUCAUCGGUAUUGUUGGUCUCUCUGUUGCUGUUGUUGUUCUGAUUGUGCUACUGGCCAGAUUUUUCUCCGGCCAUACCAGAGAUGCAAGUGGCAAUGUUCAAUUUAAAGCAGGGAAGACUAAAGUUGGUGAUGCUAUUGACGGGGCAAUUAAGAUAGUAACUGUUGCGGUCACUAUUGUAGUGGUUGCAGUACCAGAAGGGCUCCCGUUAGCAGUUACCUUAACACUGGCGUACUCAAUGAGGAAAAUGAUGGCGGAUAAAGCUUUGGUGAGGAGGCUUUCCGCUUGUGAGACAAUGGGCUCUGCAACAACCAUUUGCAGUGAUAAGACUGGCACGUUGACCAUGAAUCAGAUGACUGUGGUUGAGGCUUAUGCUGGUGGGAAGAAGAAUGAUCCUCCUGGUAACAAGUCAGAGCUCUCUCCCAAGCUCCACUCUUUGCUCAUUGAAGGUGUUGCACAGAACACUAAUGGCAGUGUUUAUGUCCCUGAGGGUGGUAACGAUGUUGAGGUUUCCGGAUCACCAACAGAAAAGGCAAUUUUACAUUGGGGAUUAGAGAUUGGGAUGAACUUCGACUCUACUAGAUCGGAAUCAUCAAUUAUUCACGUUUUCCCUUUCAAUUCUGAGAAAAAACGAGGCGGAGUUGCAGUACAAACGGCUGACUCUGAAGUUCACAUACACUGGAAAGGUGCUGCUGAGAUUGUCCUAGCCUGCUGUACACGGUACAUUGAUGCAAAUGACCAGUUGGUAGACAUGGAUGAGGAAAAGAUGGUAUCUUUCAGAAAAGCUAUUGAAGACAUGGCUGCCGAGAGUUUACGUUGUGUUGCCAUUGCAUAUAGAACAUUUGAAAAGGAGAAUGUUCCAGCCACUGAAGAAGAACGGGCUCACUGGUCUUUACCAGAAGAUAAUCUUGUUUUGUUAGCUAUUGUUGGUCUGAAGGAUCCUUGUCGACCUGGAGUCAAAGAUUCAGUGGAGCUUUGCCAAAAAUCUGGGGUUAAGGUAAAAAUGGUCACUGGUGACAAUGUCAAAACUGCAAAAGCAAUUGCUGUGGAGUGUGGAAUACUUAAUUCCCUUGCUGAAGCUACAGAGCCAAUCAUCAUUGAAGGAAAAACUUUUCGUGCCAUGACAGAUGCACAGAGAGAUGAAAUAGCUGAAGCAAUAUCAGUUAUGGGACGGUCAUCUCCUAAUGACAAAUUAUUGCUUGUGCAAGCAUUGAGGAGGAAGGGACAUGUUGUGGCUGUAACUGGGGAUGGAACAAAUGAUGCUCCUGCACUACAUGAGGCUGAUAUAGGUCUUGCAAUGGGUAUUCAAGGAACUGAAGUUGCAAAAGAAAGCUCUGAUAUUAUUAUUUUGGAUGACAAUUUUGCUUCAGUUGUAAAGGUUGUGAGAUGGGGACGUUCUGUGUAUGCAAAUAUUCAGAAAUUUAUCCAGUUUCAGCUUACAGUAAAUGUAGCAGCUCUUGUUAUAAAUGUUGUUGCUGCUGUUUCCUCUGGUGAUGUCCCACUGAAUGCAGUGCAGCUUUUGUGGGUAAAUCUUAUCAUGGAUACUUUGGGAGCACUAGCAUUGGCAACUGAACCACCAACUGAUCACCUUAUGGAUCGGCCUCCAGUGGGCCGAAGAGAACCUCUCAUAACAAAUAUUAUGUGGAGAAAUUUACUGAUACAGGCAAUGUACCAAGUAUCUGUGUUGCUUGUUCUGAAUUUCCGAGGUAGGAGCAUACUGGGUCUGACACAUGACAAAAAUGAUCAUGCAAUUAAAGUGAAAAACACUCUGAUCUUCAAUGCAUUUGUUCUGUCUCAAAUCUUUAAUGAGUUCAAUGCACGAAAGCCAGAUGAGUUUAACAUAUUCAGUGGAGUCACGAAAAACUACCUCUUCAUGGGUAUAGUGGGAUUAACUGUUGUGCUUCAGAUCAUCAUCAUCGAAUUCCUCGGCAAGUUCACUUCAACAGUCAGGCUUAAUUGGAAGCAGUGGCUGAUCUCUGUCAUCAUUGGGUUCAUAAGUUGGCCUCUUGCUGUGGUUGGUAAAUUGAUACCAGUUCCAGAUACUCCCAUCAACAACGUAUUUUCAAGAUUUCGGGGUCGAAGAAAGGAACCUGAGGCCUCACAAUAGCAACAUAUAGGCGUGCUGUUUUAAAGACGGAUCGUUCUCUUAUUGGACGAUGUACAUGCUUGGUAUUUUCUUUUAAAGAAAAAAAUAGCAUACUGUUUAGCCAAACGCUUCUUUUUCUUACCGGUCUUAGAUUUGUUUUUGCCUGUUAAAUUUCGAUACAAACUUGGAGUUGCUUUAGAAUUAGGCUCUAACAAAGUAUACGGAAUUUCAGCUAACCUUGGUUUUUGUUUACUGACUUUGUUGGUUUGACAAAGAAUUGAGAAAUUGCAGAGAUUAUAUGAAAAUAUGGACUACACUUUCGAUUUC